AUGGACCGCAACUUUACUGAAACCGAGCUCGAGAAUAUUGUCAAUCAAAUGGGACAGCACGUGGAGACUCAAGCUCAGUUGCACAGACUAAAAAACGGUGAGUGUUCGAGAAUUUUACUCAAAAUUCAAGUCAUUUUUGAAUUCAGAGAUUGAUCGGUAUCUGGAUGAAGACCCGUACAUAUCAGAAGAAGACGAUCAUGACGUCAUGAAUGAGUCCCUAUUUGCAUCACUCGCAAUCGAUCCGGCUGCACAGUUUUUGCGAAGAGAGCGGCAGGUUCCUCAUGAAAGCAUUCAGUCACCUAUUGUCUCCAGAAGUAAGUACGAUUCAUCAGUUUCGAAUUUAUCAUCUAUUUUAGGAAGGCGUGGAAAGUUCAACGAGUACGAGAACAUCGAGUAUCCGGAUGACUUUGAUGAGGAGAGCUCUCCGGACUUUCCUGAAGCGAAGUCGCUGAUCAGUCAAGCGUAUCAAAGCAUCGGCCGCAUUUACAACACCUGCCGGGGCGCCUCAAAAGUAAGUUCUUGCUCAAAUAAAUUUUAAAUGCUGGCCAGCCUGAAAUCUUCGGCACUGGAGGUUUUCAAUCGUCUAAAAUGGAUUGCCCUUCGGAAUAGCAAGAGCAUUGCGCCUGUGACAAACGAAGAGAACAAACAAGAGCCGAGUGUUAACAAUAUUAUAAGUUCAAACAACAUUCAAAUUCGUUUUUUUUUCAGGUUAUAGAAAGUCUUUCUUCGGGAGAACGAGAAUCUGAGUACGGCGAAGAAGAAGAAGAAGGGGAAGACAUAGGAGAUUCGGUUUCCGUGCCCGUCAGUGCUCGUACCGAUCCGCGUGCCCCCUCCGUUCCGGCCAAGAUCAUCGUGGAUCCGAGUGUCCGGCCGGUACUAUCUCCGAAACCAGGACGGGCGCCCUACAAGUUCGAUCCGGUCACCAGAUACCAUCUUUACAAGUGAGUGCUGUUUCGAAAUCGCCCGUCUUCAUGGUCACUUUUCAGAGAAGAAUGGGAUCGUCACCCGGCUCCUGGAGAAAUGCGUCGUCUAUCUCUGCGAUGGAAAGUCCGUGAAUACAUGCUCCGCCACGAUGUUCCUCGUCUGACUGCGAACCCGAGCGGUCAGGCUGAACACGAUAAAGAUUGGUCUCCGCGUCCAUAUUUGGAUUAG